GCAGGAGGAGCAGUCAGAGCAGCUGUGUGUCUUGAAGCUGCGAGGACAGGAGCUGGUCCCACAGCUGCUUCAACUCUUUCUGAUCAAAAGAAAACCUGCACACUAUGAGGCUCAUCUUUGCAUUUGUGGCGGCUCUCCUUACAGGAAGUCUUGCAAUACCAGUGGGAAAAGAAGAGCAGCGGGAAGAUGUGGUAAAACGGUGUUUGGUUGAAGUCUUGUCCAAAGCUCUCUCCAAGCAGGACGCUCAGCUGGACCAGGAAUGCAAAAACAUUAUCCAAGCAGGGACCAACCAUGCCCCACUGGACAAGAAGAGCGGUGAGGGGAUUGUAACUCAGGAGGAGGUCCUUGAAGGUCACGCUCAGGAACCAGCGGACGUGAAAGACAUUGAAGCGCUCUUGAAGUCCGUGGAAGCAAACAGGGAACACCCCGAAGUCGAGCGCAGCCAAGAACCCUGGAGUCUGGACGAUAAGACAGGAGGAGGAGAGCGGGAAAAAAGGAGCAGCUGGAGGCCUGGAAGGUUCCAUCAGAAAAAAAGCAAACGAGGAGAGGAAGAGGAUUAUGAGCGCAGUCAGGAGCAUUGGGGAGAUAUGGAAAAGAGGUUGAUGGGAGAUGUAGAAGAUGACGAGGGUGAUGGAGAAAGUGAAGAGAGAGAGAAGAGGAACUGGAGGCCUGGAAGAUACCACCAGAGAAAACAUAAACGAGAUGAAGGACAGGAGGAAGAGCCAGAGGAAGAACGCAGCCAAGAGUACUGGGAUGUGGACAAAAGGGAUGAGGAAAAGGACGAAGAGAGAGAAAAGCGCAUAUGGAAACCCACACAUCGCUAUCACCACAAGAAAAGGCUCCACAGACGCAGCGAUGAACCUUCAGAGCAUGAGGGGUACGAAGACCGCAGCCAGGAAUCUUGGGAUCUUGACAAGAGGAACUGGAAGCCUGGCAGGUUCCACCAGAGGAGACACAAACGCAACGAGGAGCUGUCAGAGGAACCCAGGGAAAAUCCCGAUGAAGAACGCAGCCAGGAAUACUGGGAUUUUGAUACUGGAAUGGAGAAACGGAGCUGGAGACCUGGCAGGUAUUACCAGAGGAAACACAAGCGUGAUGAAGAGCUUUCAGAGGAUCCUGAUGAAGAACGCAGCCAAGAAUACUGGGAUUUUGAUACUGGGAUGGAGAAACGGAGCUGGAGACCUGGCAGGUAUUACCAGAGGAAACACAAGCGUGACGAAGAGCUUUCAGAGGAUCCCGAUGAAGAACGCAGCCAGGAAUACUGGGAUUUUGAUACUGGGAGAGAGAAAAAGAACUGGAGGCCUGGCAGGUUCCACCAAAGAAGGCAGAAACGAGACGAGGACCUUUUAGAAGAAACCAAGGAAGAUCCAGAUGAAGAACGCAGCCAGGAAUACUGGGAUUUUGAUUCAGGAGUGGAUAAACGAAACUGGAGACCUGGCAGGCACUACCAAAGGAAACACAAACGUGAUGAAGAACUAUCCCAAGAAGCCAGAGAGGAACUCAAAGGAGAACGCAGUCAGGAAGACUGGGGCCUUGACAAAAGACAUGUAAAAGAAGAAGAAGAAAAGCAGAUAUGGAAACCAACACAUAUAUACCACUCUAAAAAGAAGCUUCACAAGAGAGGAGGAGGAUCAUCUGAAGAAGAGGAAGAGGAGAGAGGAGAUUCUGGAGAGUAUGUUGAAGAGGCAAAAGACAGAGAUGAAGCUCUGAGAUAUUUGGCUGAGAAGCGCAAUCCGUGGAUCUACAGAGGCUUCUACCAUCCUGCCUGGUAUAAGAGAGACUCAGAUGAAUCUGCUGAAACAAAGAACAAGAUGGAUGAGCUGGCCAAGCUGUUGAGUUACAAGAUAAACCACUUGACUAACCACUCUGCUCAGGAGGAGACUUUACACCAGAGAGCACUCACUCCACAGGAGGAGAAAAAGCUGGAAAACCUGGCAGCGAUGGACACAGAGCUGCAGAAAAUCGCAGCCAAAUUGCAUGACAGGACUGCAUAAACCUGCAGCCUUUUAAGACCAUCAGCUAUUAAAUGUCUCCAUUUAGCCGUUUGUCAGCCAAGUUAGUGUGCUUACAGUGUUAAAGUGACAACAUGAUGUUAAAACGCUAAGGCCUUGCCAUUUUAUCGCUUUGUUUGCCGUUUUUGUGACAUUAUGAUGUUAAAUUCAACAGCAUGGAAAUGAAAUGAAUGUUUAUAUGUAUACUGUCUAAGAAAUGUUUAAAAAAAAACAAAAAAAACAAGAUAAAUUAUUCAAAUGUGUUUCUUAGGAGCUUGUUCUGUUUGCAAACUAAUAAAAGAAGUUAUUCUG